UAUGUCAGAUCUUCUGGUUGGUGCUCCACGAUACAGUUACGAUGGUGAUGAAGGGCGUGUGUUUGUCUACGUCAAUAAUGGACUGGGAGCUUUGAAUAUCAUGGAUGGAAUGACACUUGAUGGAGAUCGACAACCMAAAGCAAACUUUGGAUUUUCAAUYGCUUCAGCUGGUGAUCUUAACAAAGACAGCUACAAUGAUGUGGUGAUUGGUGCACCUUAUGGUGGCGAUGACGGACGGGGUGCAGUUUACAUUUACCAUGGAACGAAAAAAGGCAUUGACACCAAGUAUAGGCAGAAAAUCAGUGCGGCCAUGGUUGGUGAUAAUAAACUGGCUUCCUUUGGUUACUCCCUGACUGGUGGAGUCGAUGUGGACGAUAAUAAAUAUCCUGAUAUAGCUGUUGGAGCCUAUUYGUCUGACAGGACAGUUCUAUUAAGAACCAGGCCAAUUGUAAAGGUACAAGCUAAAAUCGAGCUGAGCACAAACCAAAUCGUCCUAGAAGAUAACAAGACUUCAAUGUGUAACUUUGCUGAUGGUUCAAGGCACAAAUGUUUAACUGCAAGAGUUUGUUUCAAGUAUUCUCACAAAGUGCCUUUGAAUCAAGGAAUUGAUCUAUCCUACUCUUUGACCCUCGACCAAGACAUGCAUUCAGACUUUCUCAGAAGGAUGUUCUUCCUGGGRAAAAAUGCGUCUCAAAAAGCUUUUAUCUGGAUGAGCAACAUCUCUAUAACCAARCAAAAUGAAUGGAAGUGCGAGCCCGUGUAUCGCGUCUAUUUGAGGGAAAGGGAGCGUAUCGGAGAUCUGCUGUCACCGCUAACGUUCGACGUAAAUUACGACCUUGAGUUAAAUGCACCUUGCACUGUUUGUCCCAUACUGGACGACUACGACGAUGUUCGACGAAGAUCUGCACGAGCAACGAUUCAGUUUCAGAAGCAGUGUGGAAAGGAUCAAGAAUGUGUACCUGAUAUGGCAGUCAGCGGUCGUGUUUCAUUUCUUGGUGGUUAUAAAGACCUUCGUAUCGGUGUAUCAAACGAAAUGAAUGUGUCAAUCACAGUGCUCAACAAGGCAGACGAUUUUGCYUACCCUGGAAUGGUUAUAGUUACCUACCCCUCCCUACUAGGGUACAUUGGUACAGAAACUAAGGGAGUUCGRUGCAGUAGAGUCACAUUUGAAGACAAAGACACCGAAAAGGCAGAGUGUUUUGUUGGAAUGCCUUUCGUUGGCAAAUCAAAGAAAAAGUUUGAUUUGAAGUUCACAACAUCAGAAAUCAAAGGCGAUAUUAGACAAUUCCAGAUUGAACUCUUUGCUACCAGCCCGAGUCGAGACGCUGAUCCAUUGAAUAACAAAGUCAAGCUUUUGGUGAACGUCAAGUUUGAAGCUGAUUUAAGUAUUACCGGGUCGUCGGUGCCCGAUCAGGUGGUCUAUAAUGGAAAAACAGCAGUCCCUCUUAAAGACAUCAAGAAAGAGAAAGACAUCGGCCCUGAAGUGUCACAGAUCGUCAUAGUUAGAAAUAACGGUCCUAGUGCAGUCGAUGGCUCAGUUGUAAAGAUUAGCGUCCCAUGGAAACAUAACAAAGAUGACCCUGAGAGCUAUCUGUUGUAUCUUCUCCAUGUCAUGGUUGAGGGCAGUGCGGCCAGUUGUGACGUUAUCACUAAUCCUCUCAACAUCAAGACUAAGAACUCAACUAAUGUAAAAGCACCUGGUAUCGUUGAUAAAAGACUCACUUCGUCAAUUACGGACCAGAGAACUAAACGAGAAAACAAAGAAACGGACUGCAAAGCUGAAGAAUGCCUCUCUUUCACAUGUCAACUUGGUCGACUUGACAGUGGGAAUGAUGUCAAAAUCAUAAUGACGUCACGAGUUUGGCAAAAUACCCUUGUGAAGGCUGAUGUUGGCUCUAUUGAUCUUUUCACGUCAGCAGUGGUAUCUGCCCCUUCAUCUAUCACCGAGCCUAAUAAGGGCAAGAACAAUCACGUGACAAUUGUGCUUCGAACGAAUCCAAAAGAUAGCAAAACACCUACGGAGUCUACCCCUGUGUGGAUUAUUAUUCUGUCUGUAUUGGCUGGUCUUAUUUUACUCGCAUUGGUCAUAUUUGUUCUUUAUAAGUGUGGGUUUUUCAAACGAAAUCGCGCUUCUCAACAACUCAACAACGACGAGGAAAAAAUGUCGAGUGAAGGAAAAUAUGACGCAGCGUCCCAGCAGGAUCAGUAGAAAGUGYAGAUCGACAAACUUUGAGAUUGUUACUGCAAAAAGUGCUUAUCAAGAAAGUGAAGUACAAUAGCAUUUAAUGGAUAAGGACAGAAAAGAAAAGAACAAAAACCAGAAAGAAACAUUUUGAACCUGUUGUUAGAAACAUAAAAAUAAUAGACGACUGGAAUUCAGAGAUUUUCGCAAAUGAUAUUUAUACAGGUGAAAACUUCAAGKUUGUAAAGCUACGACUUGACAAAAGUCUCAUCUACGUUCCCCUGACCCAACUUGAAAUGUAACCAUAUCUUUACAUAGAAGCGAGACGACCGGUGAACUUGCCUGGUAGAUACUACUGAAUAAUUGUCGAUAAGUGUAAACAAAGGUUUUUAUUGGAAGUCCAUUAUUCCAAACUAACGAGUCGUCUCGCUUCGAGAAAAAGGUAUGGUUACCUUUCAAUAUGACGCAAAAAGAAGUUCUUAUAAAAUUAAAUGAAUUACACGAGUUAGACAUCUCGUAUCAACAAGAACUCUUCAAGAUAUCCGCGCAUAACUUAAAUUUGUAAAUAUUAGAAUAUCAUAAAUUUAUUAAAAAUAAAACUAUUUAUUAAGACCUAGUGACUUAUGACUACUAUUAAAGUAAUUGCAAACGCU